AUGUUUUUACGUAAGAUUGCGGUGACAGCGGCCUCUAGCCCCUCGGUGGACAUCUCUCAGCAGGACUCCACUCUGACCAUCAAGACCUCCACCAGCGUCCGCACCACGCUGGUCUCCUUCACCGUGGGACAGUCCUUCAGCGAGGCCACGGUGGACGGUCGCCCCUGCACGAGUUUUCCAAAGUGGGAAACGGAUCAGAAAAUCAGCUGUGAACAAACUCUGCAGAAAGGAGACGGACCCAAGACUUCGUGGACCAGAGAGAUGACCAACGACGGAGAACUUAUCCUGACGAUGACUGCGGGGGACGUGGUCUGCACCCGAGUUUAUGAGCGGGAAUGA